AUGAAAAGCAUGUUUUUCCUUUUUAUUAUAUUAGACUUUAUACAAUAUAUAAAUGCAUAAUGCACUAAAAAUGCUAUCUAAGUUGAUACUAAUUGCUAUUGUAAUAAAUAGUUUUAUGGCAAUGGUGCUAACGGUGGAUUUUGCUUUCCUUGCCCUUUAGGAUCAACUUCAUUGGAUCCUUCUAAUACUAACACAAAUAAAGAUAUUUCUUAUUGCAGCCAGUGCUAAAAAAACUAUUACAUGAUAUCACCAUCUUCCUCUUCUCUUCUUUCUCCUCUUUAAUCAGCAACAUGUAAUCUUUGUCCAAAUGGUUCUGGGACUUAAGACAUUAAUGCUAUUUUAGGUAUAUAAUAAUGCAAUGUUUGUCAAAUAAAUUUCUACAUGAUAUCUUAAUCUACAGCAAAUUAUGCAGCUCAAUGUGGGCCAUGUCCCACAGGAAGCGGAAAUGAUAGAAUAUAAAAUACUGUAUCAGGUCCUCAAGUUUGUACUUUAUGUUUAGCAAACUAUUAUAUGACUGCAUAAAGUAAUCCUACAAGUUCUGCUUAAUGUUAGGCUUGUCCUUCUGGAUCUGGAACUGAAAAUGCAUCAACAGCUAUUGGAAAAGCAUCUACUUGCUUAAUAUGCUAAAAAAACUUUUACAUGAAAACUUCUUCUUCAAGUGAUAAAGCAGCUGAAUGUAUCGCCUGUCCAAUAGGUACAGGUACUUAAGAUAUUUAAAAAUCAAUUAGUGAUUAAUCAAUUUGCAAUAUCUGUUAAAUGGAUUAUUAUAUGACUGUUGCUGCAAGUGGUUCUACAGCAGCUAAAUGCACUCGUUGCCCUGUAGGAAGCCAAAAUCCCUCAAAACCUCCUAUAACCACUCCUCAAAAUGCUUCAAGUUGCAGUCAAUGUCUCAGAAACUACUACAUGACGAAAGCUGCAGAUACUAGUAAUGCUGCUUAAUGCACUAUUUGCCCUGGAGGUUCAGGAACUAAUGAUUUUUCAAACUAAGUAGGAGAUGCUUCUUAAUGCGAUACAUGUCUUUCAAAUUACUAUAUGCAAACUCCACCUUCAGCAUCUAAUAGUGCUUAAUGUGUUCAGUGUCCUGCUUUUUCUUUUAAAGUCUCUUCAUAACUAAUAGGUUCUUAAUCAUAAUGCUUUUGUUAUGAUUAAAAUGCUUUACCCUUAAAUACAAUUAAUAAAUGUGUAUGCAAAAAUGGUUACUAAGGUCUAGUAACAAGUUUUUUAGGAGGUCCUUCCGGAUGUAAAUAAUGUAGUUCAGGGUAAUUUUCUUUGUAUGGUUCAUUAUGUCAAACCUGCCCUCCAGGCUCUGUUAUAACCCCUGAUUUAGGAGGCUGCAUUUGCAACGAUUAAAGCAAAGGUACAGCUCCUUGGGAUCGUUCUACUAAUUCUUGCUUCUGUUAGGAUAAUUAUUAUGGUGAUCCCUCAAAAGCUAAUGUUGGAGACACAAAUUCCUGUAACCCUUGUCCAGAUGGCACUGUUUCUAAAGCAGGUAAAGCCAAAAAAGCUAGCGAUUGUGUCGUUUAAAUAUCGACUUCUAUCAAUAAUUCUAAAAAGCUAUUAUUUUUUGCUAAAUUUUUAUUCUUCUUAGUCAUUUUAAUAUGA